AUGCCGCAGGGAGAUGAGAAAGAGACAGACGUCAACAUGUGGUCUCCGGACAAGGAUCGAAAUGAGAAAGCGCAGCAUGGAGACACAAGGCAAGGAUUUGAGAGGAAGUCAACAGUCGAGGACUUGCAAGACAAGCUGCAAAUGGCCUUGUCUGCUUUGGACGAGACCAAAGGAGCCUUGGAUGCUGCGCAGAAGCGCGUUUCCGAGCUCGAGUCCUCCGUUGCACCUGCACCCGAAGAGGAGAUGCCGGUCAAUGGCAGAAUAGAAGCAUUGAAGGCCUCGAUGGCUUUCGUGGCAGUAGUUGCAGUGGAAGCCGUCUAUUUCGUAUUCAUCCUCGAUGAGCGGAAGAAGUUUGGCGAAGCUAGCUGCGCCGGCGUUGCUGCCGUUGCCUUGAGGAGCUGCGAGCUUUGCGGCGAUGGCACGCUGGUAAUGCCUGUGGGCGGUGACUACGAGAAGUCGUGGCCAGCCUUGAUCAGAAGUCUUUUCUAUUUUUUCGUUCUCCUGUGGUCAUUUCAGGGGGUCGGUAUCAUAUGCGACGAAUUUAUGGCGGCGAUCGAGAAGAUCACCAGCAGUAAACGUUCCAAGUGGAUAACAAAUCCCGCUGGGCAGAAGGUUGAAGUUCGCGUCACCGUCUGGAACGAGACUCUUGCGAACUUGAGCCUGAUGGCACUUUGCUCCUCAGCUCCAGAGAUUCUUCUUUCUACUGUGGAGCUCUGCAGCAAUCGAUUCUUCUCGGGCAGCCUUGGUCCACAAACAGUUGUGGGAAGCGCAUCCUUCAACCUGUUCUGCAUCUCGUCCGUGUGCAUCUCGGCGCUGGCGCCCGGGGAGGUGCGACGCGUCGAGAAGUAUCCAGUCUUCUGUUUCACGUGCGCCGCAUCGGUGAUGGCCUACGUGUGGAUGCUGGUUGUGCUGGCUGGAAUUACACCUGACUGUGUGGAUCUUGCUGAAGGAGUCGUUACCUUGCUCUUCUUCUUCGUGUUCUUAGGCAUCGCCUUCAUUCUGGACAAGUACUUCUCCAAGAGUGGGGUCGAUGCUGACGUGGCAGAGGUGCACAGACAGCUAGAAGCACGAUUCGGUCAGGCUGUUUCUCUCGAAGGAGUUCAAGCGAUGAUGAAAACGCAGGCGAAAAAACAACCGAUCGAGCCUCGAAACACCAAGAACGAAGCCAAAGGCCAAAUCUUACGACUUUCCACUGGUGGUAAGAAGCAGCCGAUCCUGUGUACAUAUGGCUUCGUAGACUCGGAGGUAGUUUUCCACGAGGGUGAUGGCUGUGCCAGCCUGCAGAUAGCAGCCUUCAACGGUCCACAUCCAGCACCGGUCCGCAUCAAGUAUCGCACCCGAAAUGGGAUGGCGAAGGCAGGAAAGCGGUAUCACCAGAAAUCCGGCGUGUUGCAUUUCCUGCCCGAGGAGGAGAAACAGGAAUUGAGGAUACCUCUUAUGAUGGCAAAAGGCCCUCCUGAGGAAUUCUAUGUGGAGCUCACCGAGAUCAAAGCCGAAGGACUCGAAGGCAAGAAGAACCCGCCGGUUAUAACACAAUGUGGCAGCUGUUUGGUUUGGGUCCUUUCAUCCCCAGAGGCCGCCCAGAUGGAAGUUGCAUGCGUGAAUUGUGCUUUGUUCGAAACGGAGCCCACUCAGCCCACGACCAAGGAGGGGGGCAGCGGCCGCUUGGAAGUGAGCAUGCUGGUCACGCUGGUCACACCGCGGUUGUUCUUUCUCCGACUAGUGAUGCAGGCCCGGUCGGGACUCCCGGAGAAUGCAGCACCUGGCGGCUGUGCCGAGUGUGGCGUUAUCGGAGAUCCGAUCAGAAAUCAAGUCGGAGGCAAAAUCCGACGCCAGAUCAGACCCGAGGAAGAGGACGAGCCUUUCAGCUUCUCGCAUUGGACGGACAAGGCAGUGGAAGCUUUCUUCUGCAACGGCAGUGCCGAAGAGCAGGCACAGGCUACGGCUUUCGACUGGCUGAUGCACUGUUUGGCACUAACCUGGAAGACGGCUUUUCUGAUCGCCAUCCUGCUGCAGACAGAGUCAUUCGGUGUCCCUCCGCCGUCGCUGCUGGGCGCCUACCCGGCCUUCUUCUGCUCUCUCCUCGGCAUCGGCUUGGUCACCGUGGUCAUCAACGAUGCAGCGAGUCUCUUGGGUUGCUCCAUAGGGAUGGCAGAUGACCUAACUGCAAUCACAUUAGUUGCGCUUGGGACCAGCUUGCCGGACACCAUGGCGUCCAGAACUGCCGCCAAGUCGGACGACACUGCUGACAACUCCAUCGGCAACAUCACUGGCAGCAAUGCGGUGAAUGUGCUGCUGGGUAUGGGCAUCAGCUGGACGAUCGGCGCUGCCUAUUGGGCGCACAACGGAGUCACGGAAGAGUGGAGGGGACAUCAAACAACGGCUGGCAACUAUGAAACGCUCUAUCUGGGGAGCAACCCCGAGGGCGGCUUCAUUGUAGUGGCAGGAGCGAUCUCUUUCUCUGUCUCAGCCUUCGCAGUGCUUGCGAUGCUCUGUGUGGCACUGCUGUACAUGCGACGGGUCACUUAUGGCGGAGAGCUGGGGGGGCCCUUACUGGCGCAGAGGACGCUCGAUUAG